GGGCGGAGCAUGUCCAGGAUGUCUCUGAGCCGCUCACCUGUGUCGCCUCUGAGCGCUCAGGGCAUCCCGUCGCCGGCUCAGCUCACCAAGGCCAACGCUCCGGUGCACAUCGACGUGGGAGGACACAUGUACACCAGCAGCCUGGCCACGCUCACCAAGUUCCCCGAGUCCAGGAUCGGCCGGCUGUUCAGCGGCACCGAGCCCAUCGUGCUGGACAGUCUGAAGCAGCAUUACUUCAUCGACAGAGACGGAGACAUCUUCCGUUACAUCCUCAGCUUCCUGAGAACCUGCAAACUGCUGCUGCCUGAAGACUUCCAGGACUUCCCCCAGCUGUACGAGGAGGCCCGGUUCUACCAACUGACUCCGAUGGUCCGGGAGUUGGAGCGUUGGCAGGCGGACCGGGAGGCCCAGCGGACACCGCCCUGCGAGUGUCUGGUGGUUCGGGUCACGCCGGACCUGGGUGAGAGGAUUGCUCUGAGCGGGGAGAAGGUUCUGAUUGAGGAGAUCUUCCCCGAAACUGGAGACGUCAUGUGCAACUCUGUGAACGCCGGCUGGAACCAGGACCCGACCCACGUGAUCCGGUUCCCCCUCAACGGGUACUGCAGGCUGAACUCGGUGCAGGUCAGUACUCAGGUCCUCGAGCGUCUCUUCCAGAAAGGUUUCGUCGUGAAGGCAUCCUGCGGCGGCGGCGUCGAUUCGUCCCAGUUCAGCGAAUACGUUCUGUGUCGCGACCUGCAGCACAGCCAGUCCAUCAGCAGCACCCCGAUCCGGAUCAAACAGGAACCUCUGGACUGAACCGUCACACACCUGGACAGGUGACCUGCAGCAGCUGUCAGAGGCUUCAGUGUGUAACUCAGGUGCAGGUGGAACAACGUGAAACCAGCUGUGUGUAAAUAUUAGUGAUGAUCAUCUGUGUGAACUGGAAGGAUCAUUUCAUGAAAAAUCAGUCAGAGCCUCCAACUAGAACCUCCUCAGAACGUCUGGUUCUGUAUCUGCAGCACCUUUAUCUACUGACCAGAGUUCUACCUUCAGACUGUGA